GUAGCCUGCGGCCACCACCUGCACACGCCCAUGUUCUUCUUCCUGCUCAACCUGGCCCUCACUGACCUGGGCUCCAUCUGUACCACUGUCCCCAAAGCCAUGCACAAUUCCCUCUGGCAGACCAGCACCAUCUCCUACAAAAGUUGUGCUGCACAACUGUUUCUGUUUCUCUUCUUCAUUGGAACAGAGCUUUCUCUCCUGACCGUCAUGUGCUACGACCGCUACGUGUCCAUCUGCAAACCCCUGCACUACGGGACCCUCCUGGGCAGCAGAGCUUGCGCCCACAUGGCUGCAGCUGCCUGGGCCAGUGGCUUUCUCCAUGCUCUGUUGAACACAGCCAAUAUAUUUUCCCUGCCCCUGUGCCAUGGCAAUGCCCUGGGCCAGUUCUUCUGUGAAAUCCCCCUCCUCAAGCUCUCCUGCUCACACUCCAAGCUCAGGGAACUUGGGCUCCUUGUGGUUAGCACGUGUGUAGCUUUUGGUUGUUUUCUGUUCAUGGUUUUCUCCUAUGUACAGAUCUUCAGGGCUGUGCUGAGGAUCCCCUCUGAGCAGGGAAGGCACAAAGCCUUUUCCACCUGCCUCCCUCACCUGGCCGUGGUCUCCCUGUUUCUCAGCACUGCAGCCUUUGCCCACCUAAAGCCCCCCUCCAUCUCCUCCCUGUUGCUGGAUCUGGCCCUGUCAGUUCUGUACUCAGUGGUGCCUCCAGCCCUGAACCCCCUCAUCUACAGCCUGAGGAACCAGGAGCUCAAGGCUGCAGUGUGGACACUGAUUAAUAGAUGGUUUUGCAAAUAUUAA